AUGGAGAAAGACGCCAGCAUCGUGGCCAGCGACGUCAAUCCAACAUUGCUUUUAGUCAGGCAAGAUAACUCCAUUCCCGCCUUCGAAGGGAUUACACCGGUGAGAAUUAGAGAUUUGAAAGGGAACCAUUACGACCUGACGGUCGAUGCUUCUGACCGCAUUGAAAAUCUCAAAGCCAAAAUCGAAGUCAAAUCAGGAAUACUCGCCACCAAUCAGAAAUUGAUCCUCAGAGGUUGA